GCAGUUUGUGAAACAGUGCAUAUAAGAGUGCAGUUUGUGAACACCAAAGCAAAGUUAAGAGGGUCUAGGCUCUUCUGCAUCCAGCACACACACACAAACACGCACUCUGUUUACGUUACACGCCCCCACCCCCUGCUGCAUUUACAGCUUGGAGACUGGUGAGUGCACACUAACAACGAGUUUAUAAAGUUAGUAGAGCUUAAUUAGACACAAGGUAAAUAUUUAACAAAUCUUCAAAAACCGUUUUAAAUAAAAACAUCAACAAUUUCAGGAUUUAAACAUCACACCAAUAGUAGGCUAUGCUAGGCUAAAGUGUGCAAUAAGAAAUUAAAAACAAGCAUACGGUCUUUUUCGCAACCGAGUAGGUUAGGCUAAUCUUCAACAACACUGUUGCAUAUAACCGAAGUGACCGUCUCUAUCAGACAUUACAGGAACGUCUUUGUAGUUACUGUCAUGCUUGGGUAACCUGCGUGAAGUCAUAUGCAGCCAUAUUUAUGGCAACUCAAGCUCGCACGCGCGUCCUCGUGCCGCGCUGUGUUCCGCGUGAGAGAGUGUGUUCCGUAAACGCACCAUUCUGAACCCCACACUCUUUCUCGUCUGUCAGUCUGUUUUUUCUUUAUCUCACACACUCUGUCUGCCUCCUCAUCGUCUAUGUCCAGCCUCAUGUUCACACCACUUCCAAUCCGGAGCUGAUACCCUGUCUAGCCGACACUGAGAGCCGCUGCCCCGGGCGGACUUCACAGAGCUGUGCCAGGAUGCGGUGCCACAAGUUUUGGGGACCUUGUUCGGUUGGAUUUUAUAUUUGUGCGGUCAUGCUUUUCAAAGGAUCCCUGCAGGGAGAACACCAGCGGAGGCUGUACAAGGAGCUGCUGGCUAACUACAACCGACUGGAGAGGCCUGUGGUCAAUGACUCAGCUGCCAUCCUGGUGGAGCUGGGCCUCACACUGCUGCAGAUCAUAGAUGUGGAUGAAAAGAACCAAGUGCUGAUGACCAACGCCUGGCUGCAGCUGUACUGGACAGACAUUUACCUGAGCUGGAAUCCAGAAAAAUACCCUGGUGUCCAGAACCUGCGAUUCCCUUCUGACCAGAUCUGGACCCCUGACAUACUCCUUUACAACAGUGCGGACGAGCGGUUUGACGCCACUUUCCACACCAACGUACUGGUGAAUGCUUCGGGUUACUGCCAGUACAUCCCCCCUGGCAUCUUGAAGAGCACCUGCUACAUUGACGUGCGUUGGUUCCCCUUCGACGUGCAAAAGUGUGACUUGAAGUUUGGCUCCUGGACGCACAACGGCUGGCUGCUUGACCUCCAGAUGCUGGAUGUGGACACAUCCACCUACAUACCCAACGGGGAGUGGGACCUAGUGGGUGUGCCAGCCAAGCGCAAUGAGCUGUACUAUGAGUGCUGUAAGGAACCCUACCCUGAUGUGACAUUCACAGUUACAAUGCGCCGCAGGACGCUAUAUUACGGCCUCAAUUUGCUCAUCCCCUGUGUGCUGAUCUCUGGCUUGGCCCUGCUGGUCUUCUUGCUACCUGCAGACUCUGGAGAAAAGAUUUCUCUGGGCAUCACUGUGCUCCUUUCGCUAACUGUCUUCAUGCUUCUGGUAGCAGAGAUCAUGCCUGCCACGUCCGACUCUGUUCCUCUCAUCGCCCAGUACUUUGCCAGCACCAUGAUGAUUGUAGGAAUGUCUGUUGUGGUGACAGUUAUAGUCCUGCAGUUUCACCAUCAUGACCCUCAAGGAGGCAAGAUGCCCAAGUGGGUUCGGGUGGUUCUCUUGAACUGGUGUGCCUGGUUUCUCCGUAUGAAACAACCUGGCGAGGAACACAAGCGGACUGGUCACAAGUACCGUCACACCUCCCAGCACCACUCCAGCACCAGCUCCAUAGAGAUGGGCGCUGUUCCAAGCCUCAGUGUGCCCCUCUCACAGACAUCCUGCCCACCUUGCCCUACAGGCACCUCUAAUGGUUCCAUGAGCCUCUACUUCGGCAACUACCACCCCAUAGAGAGCCCACACUGUCCGACUUCUAGCGACUCCGGGGUUGCACUAGGGGGACGUGGCCACGGCUCCCUCAGUGAUGAAGCUGAACCACCUGGAGGUGUUGGCAGUGGUGUCGGAGGCCUGGGGAUGGGAGGUGGAGUUGGGAUGGGAGUCAGCAUCCCUCCGCCAGAGAUCCAGCGCAUUUUGGAGGAGGUGUCGUACAUAGCCCAGCGUUUCCGGGACCAGGACGAGGCUGAGGCCAUCUGCAGUGAGUGGAAAUUUGCAGCAGCAGUGGUGGACAGGUUGUGCCUGGUGGCCUUCUCUCUCUUCUCCAUCAUUUGCACCUUCACCAUCCUCAUGUCAGCGCCCAACUUCAUAGAGGCUGUUUCCAAGGACUUCACAUAGCUGGUUGCAGCAGCAGAAAAGAAGGGUAGAGAUUAGGGAUAAAGAAGAGAUUAAGAAAGUGGAGGGCGGCAGCAAUGAAGGGUGUAGUAUGUGGUCCCAACCUAUAGUCAAGACACCCCAUUGGAAAGGAGGUGGAUCACGCAGAGUUUUAUGAGACAAAUUAGAAUAUCUCCAGGAAGUAAAUAGAGCCUUGCAGCUCCUCCAAGCUGCUUAAUCAUGUAAUCAAGUUAACCAGUCAAUAAUAUAUUUAUGAUUGAUGAACAAGUAAUUACAAAGACACAUCAUUAUGUUACAUUAGCACAUUCCAAGUUAAACAUUAAUUUGUUGUUUUAAUCUGUUGUGAUGUCAGAGACAAAUUGUCCAUUAUCUAGAAGAAGAAAAUGGUUUGGGCAGUCAGACUGGGUAGACUACAGGCAAAAGGUUUGGAAUCAGUGGGCCGGUAGAGGAGAGCACUAUAUAGAUUUUCUUUUGUACAUUAAGUAAGAUAUCAAUAAGGGGAAGAUAAUAUAGCAGCUAAUGGUCUUUGCCCUAAAAACUGUGUAAAUAUCAUUCUUUUAUCUGCACUAUUCAUUUGAGAACCAGCUUCAUUUCACAUACAGCACCGCACUCCACCUCACUGCCUCUUCUCUAGUUCAGUUCAAUCACUACAAUUGUUGUUGUCCAGUACAAAUCCACACACACAUGGGUGGAGCUCACACACCAACUGUUCAAGUACUCAACUCUUCAUAUGGAAGACACAGACCUUUUCGAAUGAUGUACCAUCCCCGUAAUGAUGUAAACUAAAACAGUUUAGUUUAAGUCACUAACAUGAGAUGUUUCACUGUGAAUUUUUGUGAAUUUUUUGCUUUUAAUAUUAGAUCAGCAGAGUAUUAGACACAACAUGACUGAUUUGACACAAGUCAGGAGGCAUUUUAUGUAUUUAUCAGAGUAAGAAUGUUUAUUUAGUGAUCAUUUUUCACUUUUUCUUGCCAGUUUAAUUUAAGCCAGUAGAAUAUGUAAUGUAAUAACAAUUUGGGACAGUGUAAUAAUGAAACAUCCAGUAUAUUCUAUGAAAAAGCAUUUUGUUGACUGGUGUUUACUGGUGUUGACCAGUAACACCAAAUGCACAGGUGUCUUUCCAAAGUACAGUCAAAUACUCUAUGUUGAACUGUACAGUACAUCUUUUAACCAAGUGGUCUGACACUACACAUACAAGAUAUUCAUUUAACUGUAGGAAACGGGUCAAGAAGUUGCCACUAUUUUUGAAAACUGUUGUAAAAAAAACCCACAUGUGUACUUGUUGGACUUCACUGUACAUAAGUUGUCACCAAAGAUGAAGGGCGAUGUGACUUUUGAACCUCUUACACCACAGACAAAGGCUAGAGGCUCGACAGCAAGAGGAAAACUUCACAAUGCCAUCCGCCACAUUAUCACUGGAGAAUAUACUGUAGAUUUAUAAAAGGCCCCGGUGUCAAGUUUUGUCUGUGUUUUGUAAAGGGAGCCGAGUGACAGGUUCAUAUUACAAAGUUGAUAAUGUGUUUACAUCUACUUCGCAGCCACCUCUUUGUUGUAGCUACAGUCAUAGGUCUCUUUAUCGCUUUCUCUGUCAUUCUAAGUGUAAGUUGUUCACUCUCUUAAGUCAAUAAAAGUUAUUUAUUCUCUGUA